AUGGGAAGCAAAGCUGUUGUCUCAGUCUACCUAAUUAUUUCUCUUUGUGCUGUCAUUUUUGUCACUCGAGGAGUAGCUCAAAUUCAAAACCUACAGGCUAAUCUAGGACUUUUUUCACCUGGCUUAGUACCUGUUGAUCUUGUAAAAUGUUGGUCGUCUCUCUUUAACGUCCAAGGAUGUGUGCUCGCAAUCUCCAACUUUUUUCUUUCUGGAAAUUUUGAAAAUGUCGAAGCCGCAUGUUGCAAGGUGUUUUCAACUUUAGAUGCAAACUGUUGGCCUCAAAUGUUUCCUUUGAAUCCUUUCUUCCCUCCUCUCCUCAAAGACAACUGUGCGCGUAUUGUCCCUAACUCCCCUCCACACAACUGA